UGUGGGAGCAACAUAUUAAAACCAUUAUAUUUUCUCUCUCUCUCUCUAGUGAGGACCAUUUAGAAUAGAAGGGUUGUUUAUAGUUUCAAAACAAACUUGGUGUAGGCUUUCUCCUUGGAAUUGUUCUUCUGUUUUGUAUGGACAUGAAGGGAUAUUAUUCAGUUUCCUUGACAAAAAAACACAUGAAACACUCAUUUUUUUCACCUCAAUUCACAACAAGACAACACCAAUGCAAACAAGAAAAUCAUCUUGUCUCAGAACAAACAAGUUUACUAAAUCAUUCCCUCAAAUUGUCUUCUUCCACUUCUUCCCAAAACACUCUACCACCUAUUCUACUUGUUUUUGUUACUUUGCUUCUGUUUUUUACCCCAAUUUUGUCACACGCCAUUGUCAUAAAUUCAACUUCAUCACAACAACUAGUCUCUCACACCAACAAUGUUAACCAAACUUUUAGACCAGAUUUCGCAUUGCGUAAAUUGAAGAGAAUCAGAGCUCACUUGAAGAAGAUCAACAAGCCUCCCAUCAAGACUAUCAAGAGUCCAGAUGGAGAUGUGAUAGAUUGUAUUAUAUCUCAUCAACAACCAGCUUUUGACCAUCCAAAACUCAAAGGACAAAAACCAUUGGAUCCACCAGAAAGGCCAAAAGGGUACAGCAACAACAACAAUGGAGAAAAUGCAACAUAUAACUUUCAGCUUUGGACUGAUUCUGGUGACACAUGUCCUCAAGGAACUGUUCCAAUCAGAAGAACAACAGAACAAGAUUUUCUUAGAGCAAGUUCUGUUAGAAGAUUUGGAAGAAAACCUAGAGGUGUAAGAAGAGACUCUGCAGGGAAUGGUCAUGAGCAUGCAGUUGUUUUUGUAAAUGGAGAACAAUACUAUGGAGCAAAAGCAAGUAUAAAUGUUUGGACACCAAGAGUAACAGAUCAAUAUGAGUUCAGCCUGUCACAGAUUUGGGUUAUUGCUGGAUCAUUUGGUAAUGAUCUUAAUACAAUAGAAGCUGGAUGGCAGGUAAGUCCUGAGUUAUAUGGUGACAAUUAUCCGAGAUUCUUCACUUAUUGGACUACGGAUGCGUAUCAAGCAACGGGAUGCUACAAUUUACUAUGUUCGGGAUUUAUACAAACAAACAACAGGAUUGCUAUAGGGGCUGCAAUCUCUCCAAGAUCAAUCUAUAAUGGAAGACAGUUUGAUAUUGGCUUAAUGGUGUGGAAAGAUCCAAAGCAUGGACAUUGGUGGCUAGAAUUUGGAUCAGGUCUACUAGUUGGAUAUUGGCCAGCAAACAUAUUUAGUCACUUGAGAAAUCAUGCAAGCAUGGUACAAUUUGGAGGAGAAAUUGUGAAUUCGCGAUCAAGAGGCUACCACACCGGGACUCAAAUGGGAAGUGGACAUUUUUCAGGAGAAGGUUUUAGAAAAGCAGCUUAUUUUAGAAACUUACAAGUAGUUGAUUGGGAUAAUAACCUGCUUCCUUUAUCAAAUAUUCACCAAUUAUCUGAUCAUUCAAAUUGCUAUGAUAUUAAAGAAGGAAGAAACAAUGUUUGGGGAACUUACUUUUAUUAUGGAGGUCCAGGAAGAAAUGUGAGAUGUCCAUGAAUAUGAACACAUUAUUAUUGGUACUAAAAUAACUACAUUCUUCUCUUCUAUAUGUUUUAAGUAUAUAUUCUUUUUUUUACUUUUUCUCUUAUUACAAAGUUUACAUGGUUUGAGUGUAUUUCUUCCUAGUUAUUUCUCAACUAGAAUUUUUUUUUUCUAUAAUGGAUUUCAAACAUAUAAUAUAUACUAGUAACUCUCAACUUGGACAUUGUGGUGAUGAAGUUGACUUUGACCAAUAAACUUGGUGUGCAUUGUUUCUAGGUAUAUGAUUUUCUAUGUUUAAACAUAGUCCAAUGUAUUUGUAAAUUGUGUAUUUUAGUGCUAAUUAAUGCAUCCGUUAAAUGUGGCUAUGCAUUUGGGGAAACUGCUAAGCUCGAAUAGUUAUGUGUUGAAACUUCUAUGCUAUAAAAUCUAUCUGUUUUUAGUUAGGAAAACCAAGUAUUUUAAUUUGGUACCCAUUAUUUUAUGAAUGGUGAAGAAUCCUAUUCCUUUUCCCCACCAAGCAUGGGUUUAAUCACUACUAUUUUUUGUUUAUAAUAGUUUCUUAUACUAUUCAAUCCAUAUUGGACCGGACCGCGCAGUUGAACGAAUUAGA